AUGGACGCCCCACCCGGCUUCCCCGUGUUCGAGGUGCAUGGCCAGGGGGGGUCCCUGCGCGACAUGCUGAUGGAGGCCCUGGUGCAGUCCGGCAUCAUGACGCUGGAGGGCGGGGCGGGGGUCUUCCCCGGCUCCGAGUCCAUGGAUGACAUCAUGACGCGCAUCAUGGACGACUACCAGCCCGUCUCCCACCCGACCGCGCGGCGCGCGCGCGAGGCCUUCCCCCGCCUGCGGGCGGGGACGCUGGCGGCGCGCGUGACGCAGGCCCUGGGGGAGCUGGUGAGACAGCGGGAGGCCCAGGCGCUGCACCGCCCCGCGAGGGGCGUGGUCGACGGCGCGGGGCCCUCGGCCGCCGUGCCGGCGCAACCCGGCGGCAGGAGCGAUGCAGGGUCCGGGGGGCCCAGCUCCACCCCCGCCGAGCAGCCGUUGUCGGCGAUGGCGAUGGUGGCGGGUGCCUUGGUGGCAGCCCUGGCGGGGACCGCGCUGGGCGCCCUGCUGGGAUCGUCUCGCCGCUCCCAGCGCUGA